GCGGGCCCGAGGGGCAGUUGGGGCAGCAGCAGGGACGGGAGACGGCCGGAGCCCCGCGUGACGCCCCUCGCUUGGUCCAAAGGCAGCUUUCGGUUCGGCACACGGAGACCCCGGCUCGGGCUUUUCCUCGAAAGCCACCGUCCUGCCCUUGGCUUCCGAAGACAAAAGAGCCCGGAGGACGGACACGCUGGGGGCGCUGCGGCCGGCCACUGCUGGCCGGCGCCUACCACGCCGUGGUGCUGCUGGACGAGCGCAGCGCCGCCCUGGACGGCGCCAAGCGCGACGGCACCCUGGCCCUGGCCGCCGGCGCGCUCUGCCGCGAGGCGCGCACCGCGCAGGUCUUCUUCCUCAAAGGAGGAUAUGAAGCUUUCUCCGCUUCCUGCCCGGAGCUGUGCAGCAAGCAGUCGACCCCCAUGGGGCUCAGCCUUCCCCUGAGUACUAGUGUCCCUGACAGCGCCGAGUCCGGGUGCAGUUCCUGCAGCACCCCACUCUACGACCAGGGUGGCCCAGUAGAGAUCCUGCCCUUCCUGUACCUGGGCAGCGCCUACCACGCUUCCCGCAAAGACAUGUUGGAUGCCUUGGGCAUCACUGCCUUGAUCAACGUCUCAGCCAAUUGUCCCAACCACUUUGAGGGUCACUACCAGUACAAGAGCAUACCCGUGGAGGACAGCCACAAGGCAGACAUCAGCUCCUGGUUCAACGAGGCGAUCGACUUCAUAGAUUCCAUCAAGAACGCGGGAGGAAGGGUGUUUGUCCACUGUCAAGCGGGCAUUUCCCGGUCGGCCACCAUCUGCCUGGCGUACCUCAUGAGGACUAACCGGGUCAAGCUGGACGAGGCCUUUGAGUUUGUAAAGCAGAGACGGAGCAUCAUCUCGCCCAACUUCAGCUUCAUGGGCCAGCUGCUGCAGUUCGAGUCCCAGGUGCUGGCUCCGCACUGAACGGCAGAGGCGGGAAGCCCCGCCAUGGCCGUGCUCGACCGAGGCACCUCCACCACCACGGUCUUCAACUUCCCCGUCUCCAUCCCUGUGCACCCCACGAACAGUGCUCUGAGCUACCUGCAGAGCCCUAUCACCACCUCUCCCAGCUGCUGAGAGGCUGGGGAGGCCAGGACCUUGUCACCUACCAGGACUCCAGGCUCCUUGCUGAGAGGAGGAAUGCGUUAACUCCAGGGAGGGGGCUCGUGAGGGCUGGUCCUUAUUUAUUUAAUUGCACCCUAGUUCCACUGGGUUCCUAAGUGGUCAAAGUGAUGACUUGGCGUCAAGACGUCGCUGAACUCAGCACAUUCGGGACCAAUGUGUAGGGGUGCAUCAGGCCCCUCUGACAAAACAGGGCAGAAGAGAAAGGACUCUGGGAGCAAGUUUCUUUUUGCUUGCCUCUGUUUCUUCGUAGAAACUUUAUGCUUGACACACCUGCCAGUAUUACCAUUCCCGACGACACAUACACGUAUGAGAAUAUACCUUAUUUAUUUUGGGGGAGGCGACCUGCCUUCACAGACGUCAGUGUCUACUCCUAGAAGAACCAAAUACCUCAAUUUUUGUGUUUGAGUACUGUACUCUCCUGUAAAUACACCUUCAGCAGGUUCGUUUCAGCACUGAUGCAGAAACACCAGUGUUGGUCUUGGUUUUUUUUUUUUUUUUUAGUUGCCAACAGUUGUAUGUUUGCUGAUUAUUUAUGACCUGAAAUAAUAUAUUUCUUCUUCUAAGAAGACAUUUUGUUACAUGAGGAUGACUUUUUUAUACAACAGAAUAAAUUAUGGCAUUUCUACUGACA